AUGGCGGCCGGGCAGGAAAAAGGCGCGGAGGAAGUGGAAGGAUCUGAGCUGCCUUUGGCCCCGUGCGAGGUGGAGAUCCCUCAAGAGCCGAACCCAACGGCGCAGGGCGAGGGGGAGGGUCGCCCACGAGGCUCUGAAGAACCGAGUGACGAGUCCUGCAGGCGCCCGUCACCGAGAAAGCGCGGACGGGUACCGGGCUGCCGCCGGAGCCGCGGGACGAAGAGGACCUACAGCCGCACCAAGAAUGAGAAGACCGUUGCUGGGCCGGCAGAAGGGACCAUGCACAAGGGCCUCUACAGCUGUCCCGAUUGUGGGAAGAUCUUCAGUCGGAGGUCCUUCCUCAUCCCCCACCAACGCAUCCACACCGGUGAAAAGCCCUUCACCUGCCACGAGUGCGGGAAGGGGUUCCGCGUUGGGUCGGCCCUCAACAAACAUCAACGCAUCCACACGGGCGAGAAACCCUACAAGUGCGCGGACUGUGGGAAGUGUUUCCGUCUCACCUCCACCCUCAGCACCCAUCGGAAGAUCCACACCGGGGGGAAACCCUACGUCUGCCUCGUCUGCGGGAAGACCUUUCAGUUGAGCGCGUAUCUACUGGCCCACCAAGCCACCCACAGCGCGGACAACCCAUUCCAGUGUCUCGCCUGCGGGAAGAACUUCAGCUUGAGACGGUACCUGGCCAUUCAUCAGCGGAUCCAUACGGGAGAGAAACCCUUCAAGUGUUCGGUGUGCGGGAAGCGUUUCAACCGGAGGUCCACCCUCAUCGUUCACCAGCGGGUCCACACCGGAGAGAAACCCUACAAGUGCCCCGAAUGCGGGAAGAGCUUCAUCAUGAGUUCAGACCUCAUCAGCCAUCGGAGAAUCCACACCGGGGAGAAACCCUACAACUGUCUCCACUGCAAUAAAAGCUUUCGGUUGAGUUCCCACCUUACGAGACACCAACGAAGCCACACCGGGGAGAGACCGUACAAAUGUCUGGAUUGUGGGCAAAGCUACACCGACAGCUCCGGACUCAUCAAACACAAGAAGAUGCACGUCGGAGAACGCCCCUAUAGAUGCUCCAAGUGCGAGAAGACCUUCGGCCACAGCGCAAGCCUCCUGAAACACCAACGGAUCCACACGGGGGAGAGACCCUUCAAGUGUCCCAACUGUGACAAGUGCUACAACGAUAGUUCCACCCUUCGGCGACACCGGAGGAGCCACACCGAGGAGAAACCCUAUAAGUGUCCCAGUUGCGGGGAGUGUUUCGGUGCCAUCGCGGCUCUCCUGAAGCAUCAGCGGUUCCACACCGAGGGGAGACCUUACAGAUGUACCGACUGCGGGAAGAAUUUCCACUCGAAUUUUCUCCUCGUCACCCACCAACGAAUCCACACGGGAGAAAAACCCUACACCUGCCCCAUCUGCAAAAAAACCUUCCGCCAAGCUUCCCACCGUACGAGGCACCAGGAGAUCCACAGGAGGAACGGGACUGACGAAAGACCGACCAUCUGCGAGGAAUGCGGCCGGAGCUUCAGCCGGAGCUCCAACCUGGUGGUGCACCAGCGGUUGCACGCCGGAGAGAAGCCCUACAAGUGCUUGGAGUGCGGGAAGAGCUUCAGCCGGAGCUCCCAUCUCAUCACCCAUCAACGUCUGCACACCGGGGAGAAGCCCUACAAGUGUCCCGACUGCGGCAAGAGCUUCAGCGACAGCUCCACCCUCAUCACCCACCAACGCUUGCACACCGGCGAGAAGCCCUACAAGUGUCCCGAUUGCGGGAAGGGCUUCAACCAGAGCUCCAACCUCACGUCCCACCAACGCACCCACACCGGGGAGAGACCCUACAAGUGCCCCGAGUGCGGGAAGAGCUUCAGCGUCAGCUCCUACCUGAUCCGCCACCAGAAGAUCCACACCGGGGAGAGACCUUAUAAGUGCGAGGAGUGCGAGAAGACAUUCAGCCAGAGCUCCAGCCUCAUCAUCCACCAGCGCGUCCACACCGGGGAGAAGCCCUACAGGUGCGUUGACUGCGGGAAGUGGUUUAGGAACAGCUCGGACCUCAUCAGGCAUCAGCGGACACAUACGGGUGAGAGACCCUACCGCUGCCCCGACUGCGGGAAGAGCUUCAACCGCAGCUCCAACCUGAUGACCCACCAACGUAUCCACACCGGGGAGAAGCCCUACGAGUGUCCCGAGUGCGGUCGGAGCUUCACCGUGAGUUCUGCUUUAAUUAAACACCAAAGGACCCACCGGGAAGAGAAGCCCUAUGAGUGCCCCGACUGCGGGAAGAGCUUUAUCCGCUGCUCGAACUUCAUAACCCAUCGGAGGACCCACGUUGGGGAGAAGCCCUAUAAGUGUCCCGAGUACGGCUGGAGCUUCACCAUGGGUUCUGCUUCGCUUAAACACCAAAGGACUCACCAGGAAGAGAAGCCCUACACCUGUCGGGAAUGCGGGAAGAGCUUCAGUUGCCGCUCGGCGUUGGUGAACCACCAUCGCAUACACACGGGGGAACGCCCCUUCGGCUGUCAGGAUUGCGGCCGCCGAUUCAACCGCCGCUCCAACCUCACCACCCACCGCCGCAUCCACACCGGUGAGACGCCCUUCGAGUGUCCCGACUGCGGGAAGAGUUACCACGACAGCUCCAACCUCCGACGCCAUCAGAAGACGCACACGGACGAGCGACCUUACCGGUGCGAGGAGUGCGGGAAGAGCUUCCGCCACAAAUCCACGUUGACCAUCCAUCACCGCGUGCAUUCCGGGGAGAAGCCCUACAAGUGCUCCGAGUGUCACAAGAGCUUCACCAACAGCUCGGGGUUGGUGCAGCAUUGGUGGACCCACACCAGCGAGAGACCCUACGACUGCUCCCAGUGCGGGCGGUGUUUCCGCAACACCUCCCAACUGGCGCAACAUUGGCGGACCCACACGGGCGAAAGGCCCUACGAGUGCCCCGAGUGUCACAAGAGCUUCACGAAAAGCUCCGGACUGGUGCGCCAUUGGCAGACCCACACCGGCGAACGACCCUACGACUGCUCCCAAUGCGGGCGGCGUUUUGCCGAUAGCUCCCAACUGGCGCGGCACCAACGGACACACAUCCAUCACGAGGAGAAGCCGGAGGGUUGCGCCGAGUGCAGCAAGAGCUUUCGGCACAACUCCGGUCUCAUCUGA